UGAAGCAACAAAUUGACAAAGUUCCCGAGGCGCUACUUGAGUCAAUGUCGUUGUGGUUGUCGUUGUCACUCGCACUUCGUCGCCUGAGCAGUUCGCACUUCAAAUUUAGUCGCGUGCCGUAAAUAAGCUAGAGAAAUUUAUUGUGAAUACCCUGUAAUUUGAGCGAUGCACAUAAAUUGUAAAUUUAAUUUGCCGCGCUCUUCAGCGGUUUAUUACACUGGCGAGCAAAUUUCGGGCAGUUUCAGUUUGACAAUCAGCAAGAAGAAGGCCCUACAGCUUGAAGCGCUGAGCAUCACUUUGUUUGGCUGCAGCACAAUUUGCUGGCAGGAGGCGCAGACGUUGAUGCCACAUGUAGAACACAAUGACAGCACAGCGGUCACUGAAACCGCCUGUCUCAAGUUUGAAGGCAGCAAGACACACUUGCUGCAAUCGCAGCAGCUUUUGGAAGCCGUCAUUUUGCCGCCGGGCUGCACGCAAUGCUGCAACUUUGAGUUUGAGUUGCCAUCCGCUUUGCCUGGUAGCUGCCGCUUGCCACUGGGUUCGACAAGCUACAUGCUGCAAGUGACUCUGCACAGGCGUGGCAAGCAUGAUAAAUGCUUUCAGCAGCGCUUGUGCAUUAGAAAUCGCAUUGAGUUUACUGACUUGCAGCCGGCCAAAUGUGCAACAGCCACAUUGCAGCUCAGCUUGCCGCGCACCGUCUAUGCGCCUGGACAACGUGUUGCCUACCAAUUGGCAGCCACAUCGCCUGCCACAUGUACUACACGUCUUUGUCAAUCCAUUACCUAUCAGAGCCAGCAACCCUCGACGAAAGCAAAGCAGGUCCUCACCGUGCUGGAUGAGAGCAGCGAUUUGAAGGCUGCACUGCAUCUGCCUUUAACUGCGCCCAUUAUGAGUCAGCUGCCCGGUGAGCUCAUUGCGAUUGCCUACUAUUUGGAGACUUGGACCAGUUGCAAUGAGCCACUGCGGUUGCCUUUGCUUGUAGGCACUGUGGCACCACCUGUUGAGAUCGAUUUUCCUGCUCAUGGAUUUGUCAAUUUGGCUUUGUGUGAAAAUGAUUUACAGAUUUCAUCUGUCAAUCACCGACUGCCUCACAGCUGUUCCCAGGAAUUUAACGCCCCAAGUGUUUCCAGGCGAGGCGAACACCUCAAAUUGCUGCGGCGCCAGAAGAAACAGUCUUACCUGCGACUAGCCUUGCGAUAUUUCAAUAAAAAUCUGUUACCCGCCCAUUAGCUGCAGUGCAAUGCUUCCAAUUAAUAUGUGUAUAAGUACGUGCAGGUCGAAGUCUGUUUUGAGUUUGAGUUUUGAUUAGGUUUGGUUUUUUUUUUUUUGGUCUGCUUUCGUUUGAUAAAAGCAAGUAUUAUCUGUUCGCAUUUUAUGCAACAAAUAAAAUUUAAUCAAAUGCUGCUUUCCUUAACCCAUUUAAGAUAAUUCUCUCAAGCUGUAAAUUAAAUUAUCUUAAGUUAUUAUACGCUCGCACUUUAAGCAAAAUUUUUAAUUAAAUAACGCUUUCCUUAAGCCAUUUAAGAUAAGCUGCAAAUUACACCUCACCUCACCUUUUUCUUUAUUAUUAUAGCAAACAGUAAUGUCUUAAUUUGUUUGUUAUUAUACAGUCGUUGAACUCAACAUUAUUUCAACAAUAACUAAAUCCAAGUAGAUAAAAAAAAACAUUUGAAUAAAUCAGAUAUAUUUAAAUAUCAUCAAAGAAAUGAAAAUAAUUUUGUAAUUAAAAAAUAAUAAGAGUAAUAUUGAUAUACUAAUCAAAAUAACAUUUAAAGUAAUAAUAAUUGUAAAUUUGAUGCUUAUUACAAA